AUGGAAGCCUUCACAUUUGCACUGUCUACUCAGUUGGAUCUUCCAUUAUGGAUCAAGAUUGGUUCGUUAGAGGGCAAACAGAAGCAAAUCCCAUUCUCUCGUCUUGUCCAGAAUCCCCAAUUACGGUAUCUUGGGUCUUCUCAGAAUCCUUGCUCGGACCUUUUCGUGACUGCACAGCUAUGGGCGGACUCGAAGCCUCUUGGCGUUCCAUUGCAGACCGCCUAUAAGGCUUUCAAAGCCAGUCGAGUAUGGAAUGAAUGGCUUCAAAUGCCAGUGUCACUCAAGGAUGCUCCGCUCAACACUCAAAUUGCAAUCACGGUCUGGGACUUGUCACCGCUCGCGGGAGAAAGACCUCAGGGACACGAUGUUCCAUUCGGUGGCACAACCGUCUCCUUAUUCGAUUCAGAAGGGAAACUUAGGAUGGGUCGGCAGAAAUGCAAAAUCUAUCGCCACAAGGCUGCAGAUGGAUUCGCUUCAACAACGACCCCUAGUCUACCAGCACCGAAGCGGCGGAAGCGAAGAAAUAGGGCAGCAGAGGACCUAGAGCAGUCUCCGGCCGAGGCGGAAUUAGAACGCAUCGAGGUUUUGAUCAAGAAGCACGAGAUGGGUGAAAUCACGCGCAUUGACUGGAUGGACCAAAUGGUAUUUCGCCAGCUUGAAAAACUCAAAAUUCAGGCAGAAGAAGCGGCUCGCAAGAGAGCUAUCUCUCUGAAAGCUUCGCGACAACGUCGGGGCAGCGCUGGAGGCAGCAAUGACGACAGCUCCGGCGAUGAAGACUUUGACGAUGAGAAUUUUGUCCUCUAUAUCGACUUUCCACGCUUUGAUCACCCAGUUGUUUGGGCUGAUCACCAGUAUGCACCUCCGCCAGUCUCAUCGUAUCCACAGAACGCUCCUAACCAUCCAUCAUCGACAUUGAAGCCUGUUCCUGAAGUUCGCUUUGGUCCUGGCAUCGAAGGUGCUGACGGUGCGGGUGUCAUCAGAAUUUAUGACCCGGAAGUAGGGCAAGCAGGAAAUCCUUGCGAAGAUAAACACCGAAGGUUGAUUCGGAGCCAUCGAACCGGAUUUAUGGACCGGGAUCUGAAACCAAAUCCCAAAAAUCGGGACGAACUCAACGUCAUUCUCUCCUAUGAGCCGACUCAAGAUCUGACAGCUGAGGAGAAAGACCUUAUAUGGAGAUUCAGGUACUAUUUGACGCGAGAAAAGAGGGCAUUGACCAAGUUCGUCAAAUCGGUUAAUUGGCGCGAUGAAGGCGAAUCCCGACAGGCCGUGGAAAUCCUACCAAAGUGGACGGAGAUUGAUGUCGACGAUGCGCUGGAGCUGCUGGGUCCAACAUUUGACAAUCCCGCCGUCCGUUCCUAUGCAGUCGCACGAUUGCGUAAAGCUGAUGAUGACGAGCUGCUUUUGUACCUCUUACAGUUGGUGCAAGCCUUGAAGUACGAGGAAAACUCCGGAAGGGAGUCGGAAGAAGCAGCGCAUGACUCAUCGCUGGCCAACUUUCUUGUCACGCGCGCUGCUACUAAUUUCAAACUCGGGAAUUCCUUGCACUGGUACCUCAUGGUUGAGUGUGACGAUCCCAGUCCUGGAACAUUGUCCAAUCAGCGCCGGCUUUUCGCUCGUGUUGAGUACUAUUUCAUGGCGGAGCUCGAGAAGGUCCAUGCUGAGCACCGUAAGAUACUUCUUCGCCAAGGGGAAAUGAUCACCGUACUUUCAAAAAUCGCAAAAGACAUUCGCUUCUCCAGAGAGACCCGACCGGCCAAAAUCGAAAAGCUGAAAAAAGCUCUUCGUGAUCCCAAGAAUGAGCUGCUGCAAAUCGAUCCACCGCUCCCACUUCCACUUGAUCCGGACGUUUCAAUCGUUGGUUGUUACCCAGACGAGGCCAAUGUGUUCAAAUCAACUCUGUCUCCGCUAAAUAUCACAUUUAAAACAAGUGAAGGGAAACGAUAUCCGCUUCUGUUCAAGGUUGGCGACGAUCUUCGACAGGAUCAACUGGUGAUUCAAAUUAUCAUACUCAUGGAUCGACUCUUGCAAAAAGAAAAUCUCGACCUCAAAUUGACACCAUACCGCAUCCUCGCAACCAGUUCUACGGCCGGUGCUGUUCAGUUCAUUCCCUCCACCUCGCUUUCGGCAGCAUCUGCCAAGUACAAAUCUAUCCUGACCUACUUGAAGGAGCACAACCCCGAUGACAAUGAGCCCUUAGGUGUCCGCAAAGAGACCAUGGACACAUAUAUCAAAUCCUGUGCUGGUUAUUGCGUGAUCACAUACCUUUUGGGUGUCGGCGACCGCCAUUUGGAAAACUUGCUCCUAGCUCCAGAUGGUCACUUCUUCCACGCCGACUUUGGUUUCAUUCUAGGCCGUGAUCCUAAACCGUUCGCUCCGAUGAUGAAACUGUGUAAGGAGAUGGUCGAGGGUAUGGGUGGUACGACCUCGCCCCAUUACCUACAGUUCAAGCAAUACUGCUAUACCGCCUACACGACUCUACGAAAGUCCGCAAACCUGAUUCUGAACUUGUUUAGUUUGAUGGUGGAUGCAAAUAUUCCUGACAUCAGAGUUGAGCCUGACAAAGCCGUGCUGAAGGUCAAAGAGCGCUUCCACCUUGAAAUGACCGAGGAGGAGGCCAUCCGGCACUUUGAGCAGCUCAUUGGUGACAGCGUCAAUGCCAUAUUUGGCGUUGUCAUUGAUCGAUUGCAUGAAUUCGUUCAAGGCUGGCGAGCAUGA